AUGGCGCCACAACCUCUAAAAUCAUCCCCCGCGCCCAACGACCACAACCAAGCCGUCCCAGACCCCCUAGCGCACUUCCAAGCGAUACCAUGGUGCGCCGCGCUCCUCUCCGACCGGUCCAACCUCGACGUCAUAGUCCCAGACCGCCGUCCCCUGCCCUCCGGCGAAUCCAACUUCGUCCGCAAGACCAUGAACAGCCCGACGACGGUAAAAGCAUGCGUAACCUUCAUACGCAUGGUCAAGCCCGCCAAAUCCAAAGCGAAGAUCACGGCCCCUAGCUCGGGGGGUACGGGUGAGGUCUCGCCAGCGGGAGGUGUAUCCCCAGUGGGUAACGGGAAGGUGGAUAAGGAGAAAAGAGUAAAGCAGACCGCAUCCCAGGCUCUACUCGGUGGUGGUGGAAAGGAAAACGGCGAGGACCCGCAGAACCCGUUUAUACUGUUUAACGCCCUGGCGGAUUUGGGUAUUGAUACGCAGAGCUUCGCGGGGACUAUGCAUGGCGGGUUGUAUGGAGUUAUGUUGGAUGAGGUUAUGGGGACUGCGGCUAACCAUCAAGCUCCGCACGGAGCUUAUACGGUUCGCUUCACGACGAACUUCCGCCGCGCGGUUACGCCGCCCCAGAUUGUGUUAAUUCGUGGGCGUGUGGUACGAAAGGAUGGGCGCAAGCUCUAUGUCAAGGGUGUAAUGGAAGAUAAAGAUGGAAACAUCAUGGCUGAAGGCGACGGACUUUGGCUGGCCAUGGGUAGUAAAUUAUGA